AUGCUACCAAUUUUCAUUGAUGUUGUUAUUGUUUUUGUUAUUGUUGUUAUUGUUAUUGUUGCUGGUGUUAUUGCUAAAUCUACUAUUGUUGUUGUCUUUGUUGUUGUUGUUGAUGUUAUUGUUGUUAUUGUUGUCGCUAUUGGUGUUAUUGUUAAAGUUGCUGAUGCUAAUUGUGGGAAUGUUGUUGUUGUUGUAGGUGUUGCCCCUGUUGCUACUCCUGUUGUUAUUUUUGUUGUUGUUAUUGUUGUGGUUAUUAUCAUUAUUUUUGGUGUUGCAACUAUUGUUGUUGUUAUUGUUGUUACUAGUGUUGUUUUUGUAUUCUUUUUGUUGUUCUUGUAUUUUAUUAUUGUCGUUGAUUUUAUUGUUUGUUGUUUUGUUGUUGUUGGUGGUGGUGGUGGUCGUGUUAAUACUAUUGUUGUUGCUUCUGUUAUUGUUGUGGUUGUUGUGAAUUUUUAUUGCUUUGUUGUUAUUGAUGUUGUUGUUGUUGUUAUUAUUUUUGCUAUUAUUGUAGUUGUUGUUGCUGCUAUUGUUGUAGUUAUUGUUGUAUCUAAUGUUGUUAUUGUUGUAAUUGUUGUUAUUGUUGUUGCUGAUGUUAUUGGAGAUAUUGUUUUUGUUGUUAUAGUAGUUGUUACUGUUGUUGCAAUUGUUGUUAUUGGGGUUUUCGUUGUUGUUGUAUUUCUUAUUGUUAUUGUUGUUGUAGUUGUAGCAACUACUUUUGUUAUUUUUUCUACUAUUGAUGUUAUUGUUGUUAUUGUUGAAGCAGUUGUUGUUGUUGGUGGUGUUAUUAUCUUAAUUGUUGUUGUUUUUCUAUGUGAAUAUGUUGCUACUGCUGCUGCUAUUAUUGUUGUUGUUUUUCUCGGUUGUGAUGUUGUUGCUUUUGUUGUUGUUUUUCUCGUUUUUGCUGCUAUUGUUAUUGUUGUUGUUGCUCUUUCUACUGCUGAUUCUACUAAAGUCUAUGGGCGGAGUUGUUUUGUUGUUGCUUUUGUCAUUGGUGGUGGUGGUGUUGCAACUUUUGUUGUUGGUGAUGGUGGUGGUAGUGUUCUUUUUGUUGUUUUUUUGGUGGUGGUGUUCCACAUGUCGUUACUACUAUUGUUCUUUUUUUCCGGUGUUUUUAUUGUUGGUGGUGGUGGUGGCGGUGUUGAAAAUGUUGUUGGUGGUGGCUGUCACCAUCCACAAUUUAGUAAUUUAGGUGAAUUAUCCAAUAGAAAGACAAUGAAAGUUCUUGAGAAAGUAGUGAACCCUUAUAGGAAGGGUUGGUCAAAGAAUUUUGAUGCUGUUUUGUGGGCUUAUAUGAUUGUCAAUAAAACACCACUUGGAAUGUCUCCUUUUAGGCUAGAUUAUGGAAAAGAUUGUGUGUUAACAUGCCAUAAUGAUAAGUAUUAUCUUGGCACCUAUCUAGGUAGCGUGAAACCACUCAUUACCUAUGAGUUACGUGAUAUCAAGGAAGUGUGGAGGAGUUUAAAGAGGAAAAUAUGCAAGGAGAUUUGA